AUGGCUUACCAUCGCUAUCUGGAUAGUGGUGCAUUUGCGUAUGCAAUUGGAAAUGUAGCAGUUGAAGCUUCUGGAGUUGAAGGAGAACAAUGCUUGGAUGAUUCGAUCGUGGAUGUGAUUGGCGAAACCCCUCGGCCAACACCAAAUCCGACUCCUGGACUAACAGCAAACCCGACUUCUAGUCCAACACCAAACCCAGCUCCUGAACAAACAGCAAACCCAACUCCCAAACCGACUUCUUGGCCAACUUUUUUUUCAACCCCUGGGCCGACGCCAGGGCCGACUUUUCCACCAACUCCACCACCGACACCUGUCGUACUGUAUAGUGUCGGAAGAUUGUUUGUCGUUGACGACGUGUUCUUAUAUUGUAAAUCAUCAUGA